UAAGAAAUACACAGAGGGGGAGAAAGUGUGUGUGUGUGUGUGUGUGUCAGAGAUAGGGAGAGCCAGAGACAGACAGACAGACAGAUAGCUAGAUAGACAGGCAGACAGAUAGAACAAGAAGGGAAUCUGGAAUCUGAUCUCAGGAUGCCUGCAUAUUCCACCAACAUGAGGCUGAAGUUCCCUAUUUUGGCCUUGAUUUUGGAGAUUAUCACCAUCAUCCUCUUUGCAGUGUUUGUGGUCUAUGAUGACGGCGAGGGCCAUGGUCAUGAACAAGACCACAAUAGCAGUCACCAUGAGCCACAGGAUCCCAUGGCCCUCUACCCCAUGUUUCAGGAUGUCCAUGUGAUGAUCUUCAUUGGCUUUGGGUUCCUGAUGACCUUCCUGAAGCGAUAUGGUUUCAGCAGUGUGGGUCUCAACUUACUCCUGGCCGCCUUUGGCCUGCAGUGGGGCCUCUUCACGCAGGGCAUCUGGCAUCUGACGGACGGCAAGAUCAAAGUCAACAUUUUCAAAAUAAUUAAUGCAGACUUCAGCACAGCCACUGUUCUGAUCUCCUUCGGUGCCGUUCUGGGUAAAACCAGUCCUGUCCAGCUUCUCAUCAUGACCGUGCUGGAAAUCACCAUCUUCUCCAUCAAUGAGCAUCUGGUGGCUAAUGUCCUGAAGGCGAAUGACGUUGGAGCAUCCAUGAUCAUCCACGCCUUUGGAGCCUACUUUGGCUUGGCAGUGGCUCGAGUGCUUUACCGACCAGCUCUCCGAAACGGACAUGAGAAUGAUGGAUCCGUUUAUCACUCUGAUCUUUUUGCUAUGAUUGGAACAGUGUUCCUGUGGAUGUUUUGGCCGAGUUUCAAUUCUGCCAUUGCCGACCCAGGCUUCACCCAGCUCACAGCUGUGAUCAACACCUACUUAUCUCUGGCUGCCUGUGUGCUGUCGGCGUACGCCAUCUCCAGCCUUGUUGAACACAAAGGAAAGCUAGACAUGGUGCACAUUCAAAACGCCACCUUGGCUGGAGGUGUAGCCGUUGGAACUUGUGCUGACAUGAGCAUUGGGCCAUUUGGGGCCAUGCUAAUUGGAUUAGUGGCCGGCAUCAUCUCCACCCUGGGCUUCAAAUACCUAAGUCCCAUCCUGGCAAACAACCUGGGCAUCCAGGACACCUGCGGGGUGCACAACCUGCACGGCAUGCCUGGCAUCCUGGGGGGCUUGGCUGGCAUAGUGGCUGUGGCUCUGAAGAAAAAAGAUGGGGAUCCUGCCAUGCAAGCUGCUGCCUUGGCCUCAUCCCUUGGAUUUGCAUUAGUUGGAGGGGCGGUCACAGGUUUGAUAAUGAAGCUUCCGUUCUGGGGACAGCCUCCAGACCAGAACUGCUUUGAUGACUCUAUAUACUGGGAGGUACCUGAGGAAGAGGAGGAGAAUGAGGAGAGUAUGGCCCAUGCGGACCAUUCCAAGAACAAAGCAGAGGUCUAAAGAUCCAUCCUGCCAUUCAUUUAAGCAAGAGAUGAAGAGUACAGAACCAUUAACAAGUUAAACAAUGAGCACUGAUGUCAACAGGCAACAGGCAAUUUGUAUUCUUGACAAAAAAGAGUGGAUUUCCUUGAGCGACUAAAGAUAGACGAUGGCUUCAGCUCCAGUUUUGUGACUAACAUUGUCCUGACUAACAUCUCUUCUCAGCUACACCAUGUGUGACCUUACCAAGUCAGCACUGAUUGUCAUCAUAAUACAGAUAAAGAUUAAAAUUGCUUGUGGUCAGCCAGUAGCAAAAUUCUAUUUAUCAUUCAUCAUUUUGAAUGUGAUCAUAAUAGCUUUGUAUCAUUGUCCAUAUUAAGCAAGGUUUACACAGACAGCAGUCCGACUGUGAAAUGAGGCCAUCACAAUAACAGUGCAGAAUUGCACUGCAGAUAAUCCCAUCAAAAUGUCUUGCUUACAAUAAUUUUUGAGUAAAGGACAACACCACCCUUUACACCUACAGGAAUUUAUUUGUUCAUGGAAUUAUGACACCAGUCAUUUGCAGCAGUAAUAAGACACUGCAAAACCUAGUAGGCUCUGCCAACUGCCUCAUUGCUGACACAAAGCUCAUUUCAAUAAGCUUUGGGUUUCCUUUUAUAUCAUUAUUAAAUUUAUAAAGCAUGUUUUAGGCCUUUAGUUUAGCGUAUUUUUCCUUUACACUCUUUUAUAUUUCCGUACAACUGAUAUAUAUCUGUGCUAAGCCUCACUUCAAGGAGAAAAUAUAAAGCUAGCUUUUGACCCGCUAGGUCAGGCUGCUUCACUGGAGCCCAUCCUGCAGCCAGGAACUAGACCGCAGGUCUAUGAGGUCGGCAGCAGUUCGUUUCAACACGAAUCUGAGAUGGGCAAGGAAAGUUACUGCAUGACGCUUCUUACUAAUGAACCUUUAUAUGGCUCAUCUGUUGAUGAGUCAAUGGAUUUUCUACCUGUCUGAGAUUGUAAAUGGUCUCAAGCUUAAUGUGGGUUGCAUUCAGAGCCACGCAUCUGACAUUUGACUCAUCGUCACGAGGCACAUAAAGGUUCGCAAAUUUUCAUCCUUUUUUUUUUCUUUACAUAAAGCGUAAUCUCUUAUGUACAGUUAUGUUUUUAGAUAAGUGGACACAGUCAGUUUGUCUGAAUUCCCGUACUGUAAAAGUUGCAUUGGGUUACAGUAAGUGAGUUUAGAAGGUUCAUAGCAAGUUGGAUUGAAUUGACUACAGUAUUAAGGUUUUUCAGUUUUCAAGAUGCAGCAAAGCAUCGUUGUUUUUAUACAAAUGAGUAUGUGCUCUUGGUUUGUAUGGCAUACCAAUACUGUCACAAUAAAUAUGGUUUUAUA